AUGGCGAAGGGCGACAAGGAAGAGGCACCCGUCGAUAGGCGUGUUCAGUGGCUUGAGCAGCGCAUCAUUACCGGGUUAAAGGCCAAACCGGUAGAGACGCGUAAGCUCAUUGACAAUGAGGAGAGCCGUGGGCAGAUUACUGAGUUUCUUGACACAACGGAUGCUCAGCACCUGUAUGUAUACCAGCAGUCUGGUGGGCUGCUUGUUGCUCGCAUAGACGCACCGGAGGAACUUAAGAAAAAGGGCAUGUAUUUCUCCAAGAAGAAGCGUGAGAGAAUUAGUGACGAGCAACACAUGAGGGGAUGUAUUGUCUUUGGUGAUCUGUGUCCCGACGCACUUAACGGUCUCAAUUCGGUGACGCGGAACGUUUACGCGGAACUCAUUAAGAAAGAGAAGCGGAAUGUAAGUCAGAUACCUGAUGUUGCUGUUGCGGAGCUUAUGGAGGACACUAACAAGCUCUUGGCGCAUAUGUUAGUGACACUUGGGCUUAGUCAAGGAAAAACUCUCCUUCCCUUGCCUCCCGUACAACUACCGUCGAGGGUUGGCGAUGGCCCCUUUGAUUCAGAGUUCAUUUAUCAGCUAGAGAGCUCCAUCAUUGCUUGGACAACGCAAAUCCGUGCGGCGAUAGAUUCAUCCCCAGAAGAUAUGAUUGACUGUGGCUCUGAAAAAGGGAUACAUCCCGGACCACUCAACGAGAUAGCCUUUUGGAAAGGUAAAGUGGAUAAUUUGGCCAACUUGGAACAGCAGUUGUACUCUGUGAAGGCGCUGAAGAUUUUAGUAAUCCUGAAAAAGUCUCAGAAUGGUUACUACCAACCAUUUUCUCAGCUCAUGAGCGAGCUUAAAGAGGCAUCUAUCGAGGCACGGGACAAUUACCGCUUUCUCAAACCAAUCGAAGACGAAUUCGCCGCCAUGUGCCCCACCUCUCCGGGUCAUUUGGAGUUUACCCAACUAGCGUCGAGCGGAACCUUCCAGAGGCUUUUCCACUAUCUGUUUCUUUUGUGGACUCAGUCGGGAUUCUACAACACAUCGACGAGGUUGGUCGUAUUGCUUCGUCAAAUGUGCAACGAUCUCAUUUCUAUGGCAAUUGAGUAUGUGAACGUUGAGGAGUUUGCAAAAGGCUUUGAGAAAAAAGAUGCCAUUGCACGACUUGCAGAAACUCUCUCUAUUUGUGGCCAGUUCAAGGCAACAUAUUUCCACUACAAGUCCCAUGUAGCAACAGUGGCGAAACCUUGGAACUUCCAAAAUUCUGCCUUCUUCUCGCGACUUGAUGUUUUUCUGGAACGGUGCCAUGAUCUUAUGGACAUUAUGGAGACGGCUGUUCUAUUUGACAAGAUGGAGAAUAUCAAGGUUGGUGGUACGAAGAGCGUACUGCACACCAGGGAAGCAGAAGAAAUUAAGGCCGAAUUUGAUACUGCCUAUUUCAAAUUCUAUGGUGUCGAGUACAACUUGCUGGUUCCUGACGAGACGCGAUUUGAGGCCGAUUACUGCGAAAUUCGGGACACAAUUCGUGAACUCGAACGGAGACUCGGCACGAUCCUCGUAACCACUGUUGACGACGCCAAAGCUAUCUCAGAGGUAUUCAAGGCGGUUGACACGUUUGACGGAUUUACUGAUCGCACUGUUGUUCAGAUGGAGUGGUCAAAGAAGCAAAAGGUUGUCUUAGAGAGUUUCUACCAGGAUCUUAUCGAGGCCCAGGAGACAUUUUAUCAGGGUGACUCGUCCGCAGCUUAUCCCAACAUACCACCACUUGCAGCGGCCGUAGUCAGAUGCAGUGCCCUGUUGGACCGAAUCAACGAAUCUUACUCUCGUGUCAGCGAACUUUCCAGUGCUGUUCUUGAAAGCGAGGCUGGUAAGGAAACUAUGGACCUGUACGAGACGCUGAAAGAUACCCUGAAAGAGGCUAUCCGCAAGAAAUAUGAGUCGUGGUGUGGUGACGUUGGGCAUAUCAGUAUGGAAAAGCUUAAGUUACCGCUGUUGGAGGUGGACGAAAGCAAUAAACUAAAGGUCAACUUUGAUGAUGCGCUUGUGAAGACACUGAGAGAGGUGUACUAUUUGGAGGUGAUGAAUUCUUUUGAUGCUCGUGAUCGGCAGAAGCUUGAGGUCCCCCCUGAAGUUCAAUCCGUUUUUGAGAGGCGUGAGAAGUACCGCUCUCAGACUAUAAUGCUCGAGCACGUUAGCACGACUUACAACGGCUUUAUGAGUUCUCUGCGUCACGAAGACGAGAGACCGCUUAUCCAAGCCGAGUUAACUGCCUUUGAGAGUGUAAUUCAACGGGGAACGACGGAAGUGCGGUGGCAGGAUGGGGACGAAGUUGACGCAUUCAUUGACCUCGUUCUGAAGAAGGUGGAUGCAAUCAGCCGUGUCGUUACAUCUUUCCAUUCCAAUGUUCAGCAGAUGGUAGAGUCGUUGGAAGAAUAUCGCAGGACCGAUAAGCUUUUGCCCAUGAAUCGCGCGGAUGGGGCGAAGACAAUGUCUGAGCAUGAACUGAGGAAAACCUUUGAAGAACACUUCAAGAAGAGACAUCGCGAUAUCGCUGAGAGAGGGGAGUGCAUUCAUGCACUGCUAAAUGAGAGCUUUGAAGCAGUCAACGAGCUCAAACGGAGUGAGGGCUCGCCUCUGGUUUCCCGUGAUUCUGAGGAUUGGCAGAAGUAUGUGUCAUAUGUGGAUGGCGUCGUGACAAAGGCAAUAAAUGAAUCGGUCAUCCACUCUCUGACGUGUGUGCGGGAUCAGCUCGACCCCGAGUGGAUAUCAGAGAAUGAAGGUACUCCGUUGGUGGACGUACGGCUGAUUAUUACAAAGGGGGGGCCAAAUGUAACUGUGUGCUCACGAUACGAGCCACACAUCGAUUGCGAAGGAUCCAGUGAACACUCUAUUCGAAGCAUAGUGAAUAGCUUCAUAGCAAACGUCGGGGCGGGAGCUGGGCUCAUUAAACCGUUGGUUGACGGCCGCAGCUAUUCCGAAGAGGCAGACAAUAAUGAGGAUGUCCAACGUCUGAAGGGUGAGAUCGAUGCGCUCUUGCGUCAAAACUUCGAGGCUUGUGAGGAGUAUCGUUGCAGUUUUGAUGAGUUCAAGCAUCUGUGGGAGACCAACAGGAAGGCAUCCUUCGCAGCCUUCUUGGAGAAGGACCAAGUCACCAAGUUCCACUCCAGUUUAACGGACGAGGAAAGCGUCAAGGAAGUCGCACCCGUUUCCAAGGAGUACUUCGGCGUUAGCCUGCAAGACUUUGACAAGGCCAUCACAGAAUACGAGCGUAUCGGUUCGAGGAUCAAUGCCACAGAAGAAAGGCACAUUGAAGGGUUUGUGUCAAUUGACGUAAAGCCUCUUCGCGCAGCCUUGCGUGACACAUGUAAAAAGUGGAAGGAUAUGUUCUCUGACUACUUAAUGAACAAGAUUAAGUCCAAUCUUGAAGAUCUUUAUGCUUUCAUGAACGAAGCAGAUGAGGGUUUAGACGUCGAAGUUCUUGAUGGUAAUGUGGAGUCGUUGAAGUGCGUUAUGAGGUGGAUCAGAGAUUGCCGAAGAAUGAAUAAGGAGGUGAUGGGCGACGAUGAAGGCGGCGAGACUGGAGGAAUGUUUGCCCCCAUUCAAGCGGCGAUACGUAUGCUGAAAAGUCACGCGAAUACUUCAUCCUCACUUGAUGUCGAACUAGCGAAUAUUGAGAAGCUUGAAGAGCUCCGGAAGCCGGCACCCGAGCAAUGGGUCGCACUUAAUAAGAAGGCACUGAACGUACGGGCGCAGAACUCCAUUGUCCAGGACAGGGAGGCAGAGAAGGUGAAAGAGCAGGUUGUGCUAUUUGAGGAAUCACUGCGUCAGGAGGCGGCGGAAUUUAAGCAGUUGAACCUCUUUAGCUACGCCAUUGACAGAGAGAUUGUCUACAUCGAGCUGGAUAAAACUUACAACCACUUCUUGGAUAUUGAGAAAGAGGCAAGGAAACUCCAAGACUUGCAGGAGUUGUUUGAUUUAAACCCAUCCCUUUUUAAGGAAAUACGAGAAUGCCGAGUUGAGUUGAUGAUGCUAAAACAGGUGUGGGAUCUUAAUGAGCACGUCAUGUCCCAGUUUACUGACUGGAUGAAGUCAACGUUUAAGGAUGCUGAUGUUUCGUUGUUUGAAGAUGAAUGCAAAAAGCUGUCAAAGCAGCUUCAGCAGCAGCCCUUGAAGGUAAAAUCCUGGGAGUGCUUCAAGGGCGUUGAUGAACAGGUGCGUAACAUGAGGACAUCACUUCCCCUUUGUCAGUCUCUUAGUUCACCAGCUAUGCGUCCCCGGCAUUGGAACUUACUAGUUACGACAACAAAGCAACCCGGCAGUAUCGACCCUGAUGCAAGUGACUUCACGCUCUCAAAACUGUUUGCGCUCGGUCUCCACAAGUUUUCCGACGAGGUGGCGAAUAUUGUUGAGAAGGCCGAAAAGGAACUGCGCAUUGAAACUAACCUGAACAAACUAAUCGGAAUAUGGGAAAAGAUGAUUUUUACGUACACUGUGGAUGAGCAGCUGAACACCCACCUACUGGGUGCUGUUGAUGAUGUCGUGGAGCAGUUGGAAAACGACAACAACGCUCUCUCUUCCAUGCUCUCCGACCGGUUUGUGGAGCAUUUCUACGACAAGGUACUCCUGUGGCAGAAGAAUCUCGGUAUGGUGGACACUUGCACUGGUAAGUGGGUGGAGAUACAAAGGCAGUGGAUGAAUCUUUUCCCCAUCUUUGUGUUGUCUGCUGACAUCAAGGAGCAGCUGCCGGAGGAUGCAAAGAACUUUGCCGAAGCAGAUCGCGUUUUUCGACUGCUCAUGAGUAAGGCCCACAAGUACACCAACGUCAUUGAGGUUGUUUGCAGUGAUGUCUUGAAAAAUGAGGUGGGACGGGACGAAGGACUCGAGCACACCCUCAAUUACAUACAGAGUAUCCUUGUUCAGUGUGAGAAAUCUCUUGCUGAUUACCUCGAAACCAAGCGCAAAAUAUUCCCGCGCUUCUUCUUUGUGUCUGCCACUGACCUUAUCGACAUCCUUUCUAAGGGUUCGGAUCCGCGGGCGGUGAUGGUGCAUAUGAGCAAGAUUAUUGACUCAGUCGACACCUUCUCUUUUUCGGAUAAUCCCAAUCCCCAGGCUGGACCGAAAGACGCAUACGAAAUGAUAUCCGUACAAGGGGAGAAGGUGGCUUUGGCAGAAGAUUUCACAUGCGAAGGCCCCGUUGAAGUGUGGCUGAAUGGUCUCAUUGGUGCGAUGUGCAAGGCCGUCAAGAAGCAAAUCAAGGAGGCGAAUGCGAGCUACGUUGAGAAACCACGUAAUGAAUGGAUCUACCAAUAUCCCUGCCAGGCGGUUAUUGUGGCAUCGCGUAUUUGGUUUACGACUGAGGUCCACCAAGCGUUUAUUCAAAUAGAGGAGGGAAAUGAUAUGGGUAUGAAAGAUUUGCUCAAAAAUCAGAAGGUCCAACUCGACAGCUUGAUCAAGGAGGUACUAGUUGACCGAACGUCAAAUGAGCGUAAGAUGCUGGUCCAUCUCAUUACCAUCGACGUCCACAAUCGCGACAUCGUUCAAACGAUGGUUGAUGAACGUGCUGACGCUGUUGACGCUUUCUGUUGGCAAUCGCAGCUUCGCUAUUACUGGGAUGAUGCGAAGGGCAACGAAAUUAGGAUAGCAGAUGCUGAGUUUAUCAAUGGUUACGAAUACAUCGGUUUGUGUGGCUGUCUGGUGAUCACAAAGUUGACCGAUAGGUGCUAUAUCACCCUAACUCAGGCCCUUAGGCUCAAGAAAGGCGGUGCACCCGCUGGCCCUGCCGGUACGGGUAAGACGGAGACCACAAAGGAUCUUGCGAGGAACAUGGGUAUUGCGUGCUAUGUGUUCAACUGCUCAGAUCAGAUGAAUUACAUUACCCUUGGGCAAAUUUUCAAGGGGUUGGCGAUGUCUGGUUCCUGGGGUUGCUUUGACGAGUUUAAUCGUAUCUCCAUCGAGGUGUUAUCUGUCGUUGCUACUCAGGUUGGUUCCAUUCUUAAUGCACUGAAGGAGCAGAAGAAGCGGUUCCGCUUCAUGGAUGAGGAGAUUUCAAUCACACCCUCGGUGGGUAUGUGGAUUACCAUGAAUCCGGGUUAUGCUGGUCGUACAGAACUUCCCGAAAACAUCAAAUCGCUCUUCCGACCAUGCGCUAUGGUCGUCCCUGACCUCAAAAAUAUUUGUGAAAUUAUGUUGGCUGCUGAGGGCUUUGGUGACGCCAAGGAUCUCGCAUUGAAGUUUGUCACCCUUUACCGUCUAAACAAAGAGCUUCUCUCACCUCAAGACCACUACGAUUGGGGUCUCCGUGCGGUCAAGUCUGUGCUUUACAUUGCUGGUGCUCUGAAGCGCGGCGAUCCGGACAUCCCUGAGCGCAAUGUAUUGAUGCGUGCGUUACGUGACACCAACAUGGCUAAACUUAGCAAAGAUGAUGUGUACGUCUUUAUGGGACUUAUCCGUUCCCUCUUCCCCAACUUGGAUGUGCCUAAGAAGGACAAACCAGAACUUGCCGCAGCUUGCAAGGAAGUAUGCCGUGAGCAGGGGAACCUUCCGGGUGAAAACGAUAUCUUCAUCCUAAAGUGCGUGCAGUACGAAGAGCUGUUACACGUGCGCCACUCCGUGUUUGUCCUUGGACCUGCGGGUAGUGGUAAGACGGAGUGCUGGCGAUGCCUCCAGGGUGCUCUCACAAAGCUGCAUAAGGAUGAGUGGAAGGCGAAAGCGGUGGCAUCUUGCCUUAACCCUAAGGCAAUCACAUCUAAUGAAUUGUACGGCUACUUUACGCCAAACAAAGAGUGGCGUGACGGUGUCUUGUCUACAAUCUUUCGUGACUACGCAUUGGAAUCAAAGAAGAGACGCAACAUGAAGUGGAUCGUUUUGGAUGGUAUCAUUGACGCAGAAUGGAUUGAAUCGAUGAACACUGUGAUGGACGACAACAAGAUGCUGACACUUGUGUCCAACGAGCGUAUUCCGUUGACAGACUCCAUGCGUAUGAUUUUUGAAGUUUCCCACCUUCGUAACGCUUCUCCAGCCACUGUUUCUCGCGCUGGUGUUGUAUUCAUCAAUGAAUCCGACCUUGGUUGGGGGCCCUUCAAGGACAAGUGGAUAGCAUCAAGGGACAGACGUGAGGGAGCGAUGUUUGACAGUCUGUUUGAUAAGUACGUUCCGUUCGUUUUUGAAUUCUGGAAGCGUAGCAUGAAGCCCAUCGUUGCUGUUAUGGACAUCAAUGUCGUACAAACUAUCUGUUUCCUUCUAGAGGGUAUAUUUGGGCGGAUGCAACAAGAAGAAUUAUCAAAGAACCCGAAUGUAUUCGAUGUGUGUGAGAAGUACUUCGUGUUUGCCGUUAUUUGGGCCUUUGGAGGGCCACUUCCGGGCUCAGACGGGCGCGUGGAUCAGCGUAUGAACUUUUCCAACCAGUGGAAGAAGGAGUUCCCUAAUAUGAAGAUCAGUGACACAGGUUCUGUCUUUGACUUUUAUAUUGAUAAGAAAAAGGAUGAGAACGGGGUUUAUCAGUACGAGUGGCGGCCAUGGAGCGAGCUUGUGCACCCAUACGUACCCGAUCCGGACAGGCAGCUUUCCACGGUUUCUGUGCAAACUGCCGACGGUGUCCGCAUGUCGCACCUCAUGAGUUUGCUUGUGGAUAAUGCAAAGUCCGUUAUGCUCGUAGGAACUGCGGGAACAGGUAAGACGAACUUGAUCAUGUCAAAACUUAGAUCGUUGAACGGUGAAGAAACACUUUUCCGUGUAGUUGCCUUUAACGCGCGAACGUCGUCGAGUGGUCUUCAAGCAGUGAUGGAACAGUCAUUGGAGAAGCGCUCGGGUCGUACGUAUGGACCGUUUAAUCGCAAGAAGCUUGUCUUCUUCCUUGAUGACAUGAACAUGCCUGCACCAGACAAAUAUGGAACACAGGAGGCCAUUGCUCUACUGCAGCAACACGUCAACUACGGCUUCUGGUAUGACCGUGUUAAGAUUAUUCAAAAGGAAGUGGUUGAUUUGCGUUAUGUUGGCGCAAUGAACCCCAAAUCCGGUACGUUCACCAUCUUAGACCGUCUGCUGAGGCACUUUGCUCUCUUCUCGACCAACAUGCCUGAGCGAGCGGAUUUGGUGAGUAUCUACGGUCAAAUUCUUCAAGCGCACACAAAGGACUUCCCUCGCGAUAUACGCGACGCGUUCACCAAGAUAAUUACGAAUGCAACUAUCGAGUUGCACCAUUUGGUGGCCAAACAGUUCUUUCCGACCGCCGUUAAAUUUCACUACCAAUGGAACAUGCGUGAAAUGUUCAAUAUAUUCCAGGGGCUCUGCAAAUCUCAUCCAAAGAUUCACACUACUCCCUUACAAAUGGCUCGCCUCUGGGCUCACGAGUGCAAUCGUACUUUCCGCGAUCGUAUGUCGGAGACAGAGGAUAUGAAUCGCUUUGAUGCGCUGUUUGUUGAGGUGAUUUCCCGCGCCGGUUUCACUGACAUCCAACCGAAGGAUGUGCUCCAGGAGCCACUGCUCUGGGGUCCCUUCCUUACGUCUUCCGAGGGUGAAGAAAACGUGUACGAAGAGUUCACUGUGGACGCGGCACAAUCAUAUCUCAUCAAAAAGUUGGAUGAGUACAACGAUAACUACGCUCGUAUGGACCUUGUUCUGUUCAACCAAGCUGUGGAGCACCUCUGUCGCAUUGCUCGUAUUACGUCGAAUCCCCGUGGUAACGCGCUACUUGUUGGUGUCGGUGGUUCUGGCAAACAGUCGCUUGCACGUUUGGCUUCUUAUAUUAAUGGUCACGACAUUUUCCAGAUUCUUGUGACGAGUAGCUAUGGUAUCGCUGAGUUCCGUACGGAUAUGCAGGAACUCUACCGCAAGUGUGGUUUGAAGGGAUAUCCUUUCGCCUUCAUCAUCACCGACACCCAGAUAGUAUCUGAAGACAUGCUCGUUUACCUGAACGAUAUGCUUGCUAGCGGAAAUGUCCCAGAGAUGUUUAACCAAGAUGAGCGAGAAGGUAUUGUGGGAUCCAUAAUGAACGAGGUUAAGGUUGCCGGUUAUGCGGACUACUCCAAUCCAGAUACCUGUUGGGAGUACUUCAUCAACAAGGUGAGGUCGCACUUGCAUAUCAUUCUCUGCUUCUCCCCUGUCAGUAAACAUUUUGCUGUCUGGUGCCGGCAGUUCCCUGCACUCGCCAAUACAACCGUCAUUGACUGGUUUCUGCGUUGGCCAGAGCAGGCUCUCAAGUCCGUCGCAAAUCGCUUCUUAUCGAAGAUCGAGCUUGGCGGGCCGGAGAUGACAAAGAAUAUCGCUGACUUCAUGGCUUUCUGUCAGGAGAAGGUGACGGAGAUGUGUGAAGAAUAUUAUGUUCAGGAGAAGCGACAUGCUUACACAACCCCCAAGUCGUUCUUAGAGCUUAUCGCUUUUUAUAAGGAAUUGCUUGGGAGAAAAAGAGAAGACCUCAACGACAAAACGCAGCGCUUGGUUAGUGGUAUUGACAAAAUCAAGGAAGCUGGAGUUCAGGUCGCGGCUCUGCAAGAGGUCCUCCAUCGCGAGAGCCAAGAGGUGGAAGAUGCGCGUCAGAAGACCGCAGCACUGAUGGAAACUGUGGGAAGGGAGAAGGCAAUUGUGGAGGAACAAAGUACGAUUGCUGCAAAGGAGGAGGAGAAAACCAAUAAAAUCGUUGCAGAGGUCGAAACUUUUGAGAGAAUGUGCUCUGAGGAUUUGGCCAAGGCCAAACCGCUCGUGGAGGAGGCCCUCGCUGCCCUCGAUACGCUCGACAAAGCGUCAAUAUCAGAACUUAAAAACCUUGGUAAACCCCCUGUGGACGUGCAAAUGGUAGCCAUUUGUGUUCGCGUGCUGACAUCUAACCCGCGUGCUAUUCCUUCUGUAAAGAACCGCACGUGGGCGGAGUGCAAAAAGAUGAUGAACCAGGUCGAUCGUUUCCUAGCAGAGUUGAAGGGAUUUGACGUGAACAACAUCCCGCAGGUUUGCAUUGACCAGAUUCAGAUGUAUAUCACAAACCCUGCGUUCGACCCCGAAAUCGUGAAGACGAAGUCAUUUGCUGCAGCAGGUUUGUGUAAGUGGGCUGUCGGUAUCAACAAAUACCACUUAGUCCGGUGUGAGGUUCGCCCCAAGGAGGAGCGGCUUGCUGAAGCACAAGAGCGCUUGCACCAGAGCAAAACUGCGCUCAAGAAAGUUCAAGACAAGGUGGCUGAUCUCAAUUCGAAGCUUCAGGCGCUGAUUGCGCAGUAUGAUGAAGCAGUGGAGUCUGCCAACGCGAUUGAGAGGAAAGCGAAGAAGACGAUGCUAAAGAUGGAGCUUGCUCAACGUCUGGUGUCUGGUCUUGCCGAUGAAAGUGUUCGAUGGGGAGAUACUAUUGAGCAGUUACGAAAGGCAGCGGACCUUCUGGUGGGUGAUGUGCUAUUGGGCGCUUCAUUUGUUUCUUAUAUUGGACCAUUCUCAAAGGUCUUCCGUGAGCGUAUCGUAACUGAGGAGUGGCUUCCUAUGGUCAAGCAGUUGGGUAUACCGAUGACGGAGGACCUUGAUAUCACCAUGAAUGUUCUCACAUCCGAGGCGGCGGUUGCGUCCUGGAACAACGAGGGGCUUCCCUCGGAUAAAGUUUCCACGGAGAACGGUGCCAUUGUGACUAACUGCACGAGGUGGCCUUUGAUCAUCGAUCCACAGCUUCAGGGCGUGAAGUGGAUUCGCACGCGUGAGGAGAAGAAUGGCCUGAAGGCUAUCCAAACCACUCAGAAGACGUGGCAACGCACCCUGCAGACGUGUAUUGAGGAGGGGCUUCCUUGUCUUAUUGAGUCGCUUGGUGAGUUCAUUGAACCUGUGUUGGAUGGUGUUCUCAGCAGGCAGACAUUCAAAAAAGGUGGUCGUCUUUUCAUUAAACUUGGCGCAACUGAGGUAGAGUAUAACCCCAACUUCCGAUUAUUUUUGCAGACUAAGCUUGGUAACCCAGCAUACGGUCCAGAGGUUAACGCACAGACGACUCUAAUUAACUUCAUGGUGACGGAAGUUGGCCUUGAAGACCAGUUACUUGCAGUUGUUGUUAACCAAGAGAGACCGGACUUAGAGAAGAAGCGGGGUGCAUUACUUCGGCAAAUGAACACUAUGACAAUUGAGCUACAGAAGUGCGAGGAUGGACUUCUUUAUGAGUUAACCAACGCAACCGGCGACAUAUUGGAGAACAUAUCCCUUAUCGAGAACCUGGAGAACACGAAAAAGAAAGCAAAGGAUAUCAAUAUAUCGUUUGCUCAGGCGGUAUCCACUCAGAAAGAUAUUGCGCAAAACCGUCUCACAUACACUUCUGUCGCUGUGCGUGGUUCGCUUCUGUUCUUCCAGAUUGAUCAGCUUUGGAAAAUCGACCACAUGUAUCAGUACUCACUGGAGGCUUUCAUGGUGGUGUUUAACAAAGCGCUGGCAAAGGCAGUACAACCAGAAGAUAAGAAGGACGUGGCGAAGCGUGUGGAAAAUGUCCUCCGAUCCAUUAUGGAAACAGUCUUUGCGUAUGUCUCACGUGGUUUGUUCGAACGCCACAAGCUAAUCCUUUCCAGUUUGCUUACCUUCGCAAUUCUUCAACAACAAGGUGAGAUCGAUUCGAAACAGCUGGACUUCCUUCUGCGUGGCAAAAAGAAGACGGGUAUAUUGAGACCUGAAACCGUUGUGGAAUGGUGUCCUGAACCUAACUGGGCUGCAGUGCAAGCCCUUGCCGAUGUGGAGGGAUCAGUGCCACCGUUCAAUCUGUUGCCCGGAGAUGUCACGGAAAACAACCGUUGGAGGCAGUGGGCCGAAACCGAGAAACCAGAGGAGGAAAAGAUGCCGUCAGAGUGGAAGAAUUUAACUCAAUUCCAACGCCUUCUCGUUCUCCGGUGUCUGCGUCCUGAUAGGCUAACAGCUGCCCUCGAGACUUUCGUUUGCGACAGCAUCGGCCGCUUCUUUGUUUCGGAUCAGGCCGUUGAUAUAUCUGUUUCUAUCAACGAGUCUACAACGACGACACCGCUCUUCUUCAUUCUUUCCCCCGGUGUAGACCCGGUUCGUGCGGUAGAGGAGGCUGGUCGCAAGCUUGGUUUCACGUAUGAUAAUGAACGGCUCUUCAACGUUUCACUAGGCCAAGGUCAAGAGGUUGUAGCUGAUCGGGCUCUGGAGCGGUGCUUUCUGCAUGGUGGAUGGGCGCUGCUGAAUAAUAUCCACCUUGUCGAGAAGUGGCUUCGGGGUUUGGAGCGACGGUUGGAUAGUUAUGCAGAAAUAUACACUCGCAUGGCACAAUUACGAAAGGAACGUGACGAGAAGCGUGCUGCAGAACAAAAAGUGAUGGAAGAUUCUGGGAGUGAAAAGGCCACAAGUCUUGCUGGAGAUGAUGAUGAUGAGGCGCAAAAGUCUGUAGACGGUUCAACCGUCAAAGAGGAAAGGGCAGAUGAUGCUGAGGCGGAUAAAUCGAACGAAAGCAACUCGAAACAUUUGGGUGAAGAGGUGGCAGAAGGAAAGGAGGAUGACGAUGAUGACAUUCCCUUUGAAGGCCCCAAAGGACAUCCGCAGUUCCGUGUAUUCCUGAGCGCGGAGCCCUCCAACGUAAUUCCCAUCGGCAUUCUUCAACGCUCCAUUAAGCUUACAUCCGAACCUCCUACUGGUAUUCGCUCCAACAUCGUUCGUGCAUUGAGCAACUUCAGUGAUGAGCCGUGGGAGAGGAGCGCAAAACCGACAGAGUUCCGUUGCAUCAUGUUUUCUAUGUGCUUCUUCCAUUCUGUCGUUGUGGAGCGUAAGAAAUUUGGUCCGCUGGGCUGGAACCGUGUGUAUCCUUAUAAUGCUGGAGACUUGACCACAUGCUUGGAGGUUGCUGCCAACUACAUUGAGGACAGGCCAAAGGUACCGUGGGAGGAUUUGCAGUACGUUUUUGGUGAGAUUAUGUACGGCGGACACAUUACGGACGAUUGGGACCGUGUAUUGUGUAUGGCAUACCUGCGUACAUUCCUUGUGCCCGAGUGUUGUGAUGGACUUCAGCUGGCCCCAGGAAUCGAAGUACCCGCUCCAAUGAGUUACAACGAAUACAUCGAUUGGUUGGUUAAUGGCGAGGACUUCCCCGCGGAGUCUCCGCUCCUCUUUGGUUUGCAUCCUAACGCAGAGAUCAACUAUAGAACUGUGCAAGCCGAUGUCCUCUUUCGUACAAUCAAUGAACUGCAACCCAAAAAGCACGCCGGAGGAGAUUCGCUCAGCCCUCAGGAAGUUGUCCAGCAGAAGAUUGACGAGCUUCGUGAGCGACUUCCAGAACGGCACAAUUUGCAGGACUUGUCGGAGCGGUUGGAGGAUGAACGGUCGCCGCAGCAGCACGUGUUCUACCAAGAGUGCGAGCGCAUGAACGUCCUUAUUUCAGCGCUGAAGGUAUCACUGGAGGAAUUAGAUCUUGGUCUUAAGGGUGCCCUUUCGAUGACCGCUGUUAUGCAGACGUUGUUUGAUGAGAUAUAUCUCGACAAGCUUCCAGCCGUAUGGGAGAAGGUUUCCUUCCUCUCUUUGCGAGCUCUUGGGUCGUGGAUGGAAAACUUCCUUCUUCGUAACGAUCAGUUGGUGAACUGGACCGGCGAACUGCAAACUCCGAAGGUAACGAACAUCGCGCUCUUUUUCAAUCCCAUGUCUUUCCUCACUGCCAUUAUGCAAACUACAUCCAUCGUAAACAGCUUCGAUCUUGAUCAGAUGUCACUCGUGGUUGACGUUCUAAAGAAGUCUGCGGAUCAGAUCGAGACGAGUGCCCGUGACGGUUGCCAUGUGUCCGGUCUCUCCAUGGAAGGUGCCCGCUGGGACACGAGCACGUCUUGCAUUGAGGAGAGCAGAAUGAAGGAAUUGUAUCCAAAGAUGCCCAUCCUGACGAUCCGUUCGUUACCACUCUCUAAAAUCGACCGACGUGACCAGUACGAAUGCCCAGUUUACAAGACACAGCAACGUGGACCCGGUUUCGUCGUCGGUUUCUGGUUGAAGACGAAGCAGCCAGCUAAGAAAUGGACUAUUGCUGGUGUGGGUCUUAUCCUUGAUGUGGUGGAGUAA